CACAUGGAGAAUGUGGGCUAAGUAACUUUUUAAUUGAUAAAGUGGAAGUUUUUUUUAACUUUUGAGGGUAGUAUCUUCAACUAGUUACGAAUUUUAAUAAUUUGACAUAUAAUUAAAAAAAUUAGAGCUGAGAAAAUAAAUGAAAGUGACAAAAAAAAACAUAAAAAUUAAUUAUUAAUGAUUUUCAGAUACUGAGUUCUCCCAUACGUGACAUGAAUCAUUCAUUGUGUAAAUUAAGUUUAGAUGAAAUUCACGUUAAAAUUGACAUGUUUUCAGAUAAUAAAGUAACUUUAAAUUCAUUCAUACAAAAAUGUUUAGUAGAAGAUACAAGAAAGCUGAAUAAAUCAGAAAAAAUAAUAUUUGAUUCAAUGGGUCCGUUAGAUCCGUCAGUUGAAGUUCAUAUUUCGGUUUUGACACCACCGUUAUUUGAUUUAUUCUUCGAAAAAACUUGUUCAGGUGACAAAAGUAUCAACAUACAUUUAGAUAAGACGCGAUUAAAUAUAUCCAUACCAUUCGCUGUUGAAUUGUCACAGUUUAUAUUUGACUCUCUUCCAAUAAAGAAAAUUGUAUCUGAUUAUGAAUUAUUAUUGUCACCAACAAAUCGAACUGAUGGUCAUAAAAAAUAUAGAGAUGAGAAACCCGUACAAGUAAAAAAGACUAUUGCUACUAAUAAUCAAUCAGAUUUAACAAUAUCGGUUCGAUUUGAACAGCCUGAGAUAGCACUUUUACCCCCUGAAAUUGAAGAAUCAGAAAAUCGUGAUCAAUCACUAUUAUGUAGAACAGAGUUCUUAUUAGAUUAUAGUCGCCAUCCAGGUCAUGAGGAAGGUCUCAUAGUAUCUUUAUCAAAUUUCCACUUGGUUGCUAUUUCAUCGAAACGUAAAGCUCAAAAAAUGGUUUUACAUCCGUGUGACAUAGAGCUGUCUAGAAUAAUUAGUUCAGGAGACCAUGACGCUGUCGAUGUUCUCAUCCGUUCCAGUCCCCUGAAUUUAAAUUUAUCAACAAGCACAAUUCAUAUUAUUCUUAGUGUCAUUGACUAUAUUGAACUUAAUUGCGAGGAAGAUGUUGAUUUUGGUGGAUCAUCUUAUUGGGAGUAUAAGACUGAAGACUUAUGGACUCCAAAAUCAAUCACUCCAACCUACACUCCCAGUAGAGCCAUUAACCGGAAAUCAUUUAUAUCUUAUCUUCAUAAUAAAUCAUCUGAUAGAAUUGAUGUAAAAUCAGAAAAUCUUGAAGUAUACAUGCAAGACAUCCAUAUUUCUUUCGAAGUAGAAGAAUUGGACAUGGAAGAUGUCCCAUUAGUUUUUUUAGACUCUUCUCUUAAAAUACAAAUAAAAGAUUGGUCUGAUCAGAUACGUUUGAAUGGUGGAUUGAGUUUUCAAUCUUCAUACUAUAAUUAUAAUCUAGGAGUUUGGGAACCUCUUAUUGAACCAUGGAAUAUAUUGCUGAAAGGAUUUAUAGGAAAAUAUAAUGAUAAACACGUAGAUAUAGAAGAAAUGGCGCGGUCACCUCCUCAAUCAAUUGCUGAUGUAGAAACAGAGAGUUCUGGCGAUGAAAGUGAAUCUGAAAUGAAAUUUAUCAGAAAAGCAGCAAAAUCUAGGGAAUCUUCAUUCGAAAAAUGGUAUUCUGGCGAUUCAGAUUCAGAUAAUGAUACCGGAGUAAUGGAUAAAUUGGCUAAAGCAGUAUCGCAUCUUAUUUCAGAUGAGUUUAGUGAUGAGGAAAUUACAAAUACAGACUCUAGCGACGAAAGUAUUGCCGAACAUGAAGCUAAACUAUUAAAUAAGAACUAUACAAUAAAAAAAAAACUAAGUGAUUCUAGUGAUUCUGGAUUAGAAAAUGAUUCUGAUGAACUAGAUGUGUUGACAUAUAUUACUGUAGAAACUAAUAGACUAGAAAUUACAUUUACACCAGCUAGUCUUUCCGUUUUUGAUACAUUGACAAAAUCAUUUUACAAGCCAAAAACAAUUGAUUGUGAUUCAUCAGAAAGUUAUAUAUUAGUUAAUGAUCUUGCAGUAAGAUCUGUUGUCAUGCUGUAUAAAAAGAGUGAAAAUGGAUUUGAAAAAAUAUUAGAAGCAAUUGAUGGAUCUAGAACUUCCUCGAUAUCACGACAAAGUAUUACUAAAGAUUGCACUUUUGUGAGCAACAUGAAAAAAUAUCUAAGUGUUGAUAAUAAUGACGAAGAUAGUAAAUUAAAUGAUUCAAUUCACAAAAAAGUUACAGACAGUCAACUUAAAAUUAAAGUUGAGGGCUAUGAUGAGUUGGUUGUAAUAUGUCCAAAAAGAACGUGUAAUAAACUACAUGCUCUUCUUCCUAUAAAGAGUGAUACGAGAUAUUGGAUAAUGGUUUCGGUUGUUUCAACAAAAUUGAGUCAUAUAAUCACAGUUAGAUCUCCACUAUCGUUGAAAAAUGAUACUUCAUAUCCGUUAAUGGUACACUAUAGCCGAACAGAAGAUGUGGAUGCAUUUGAAAUGGACUCAGAUGUAAUAGGACUAUCUGAUAAUCCAUUCGAAACAAUGUGUACAGUAACUAUACUUGAUGCAGGCUCUACGUAUAACGUUCCUAUAGCUUUAACUUAUCACUCCAAACUUUAUUUAUCUCCAGCUAGUUUAGAGAAUUAUUUAGUUAGUGAUACUGGGGUUUGGUGGCCUGAAAUGGCAGUUGAUGCAAACUUCACGAAAGACUUAGUUUGUGCUACAACUAAACCAGAAGAGCAACUACCAUUUUCAGUUCGCAUUGUCUGUGAAGAAGGAGUACCAGUAUUCAAUCGAACAUCUCGUUCCGUUCCUAACUACACAUUUAGAGUGGUGCCUCCUAUAGUUAUUCAUAAUUUUUUACCAUUUGCUAUUGAGUUAAAUUUUCCUAACUCGAAGCAUCUAAUUGAAGCAUCUAAAAAAAUUGACGUUUAUGAACUGAAUCUCGCUCAUCGAAUUUUUAAAGCUGAAUUGAUUGUUCCUUCCUACCUGGGUAUAUCCUGGACGGGUACAUUUAAUUUACGUAAAGAUUUAAACGAAAAAACUGUGAAUAUGAGUACUGAACAUGAUACAGAUGGCGGUAACAAGCAUCUUAAAAUAGCCGUAAAAGUUACUGAUGAAGAUUCUUGUCGUGUUUUCAUUCAUUCAUCAUACUGGAUUGUAAAUAAAACUGGUCUACCACUUCAAUUAAGAGGCUCCAGAUCGGAUAUUGUUUACGAAUCUCAUUCUGAGGAACCAAUAUUAUUUGCUUACAAGAGAAUGAAAAAAAGAAACAUUAAACUAAGAGCUUAUCAUUCGAGCUGGUCUUCUGCUUUUUCUAUGGAUACAGUAUACUGUCCAGGGUUGGUAAUUUGCAAAGAUAAAGAACGCCAAAAAAAAUACAGGAUUCUAAUGAAACCAAUUUUAUCAAACCUUUGUCCACAUUUGACUACAAUAGUGACAUUUUUACCAAAUUUCUCAGUGGCCAAUAAUUCGAAUAGAAGCCUGCGGUUUAUGGAAGAUAACAAAGAAGCUGAUUUGUGGACAGAUAUUUCACAAGGCCAGACUUUACCAUUUUGGCCUGAAACUGAUUCGAUGCGUAUGUUUGUAAAGUUUCGAGAUAGUAAAUCAGGAUCACAACAUUUUUCAAUAAUUAAAGAGCAACAGACUGUUCUUAGAAUGGAUAGAGGAAGAGCACUUGUAGUUAAAGUAACUGGCGGAGGAAACAACCCAUUUUUGAUAAGUUUUCAUAAGUUUCGACAAAAUGAUGUUCCAGUGAGGAUAGAUAAUAUGUGUGAAGACAUAUUCUUAAAAAUACACCAAAAAAAUUUAGGCCAGGUUACAUUGCUAAGCCCUAAUCAAUCUGUAUUGUACACGUGGGAUGAUCCGACUGAAGAAAGGAUUUUAUAUUGGAACGUGUACAGCAAAAAAUCUAAGGGUUUUGUUGCGAAAUUUGAAAAAGAGGGCUAUGGACAAGAAAGAUUAAGUUUCUGUCAAGUAAAACCUUCUGAAACAGCCAAUAAUAAUAAUAAUUUAAAUUUGAUAAAGAUUUUAACUAGUCAAACUCAAGAGCCUAGCGACACUAGUAGUGCUGAAGAUUCUGAUUCGGACGAACCCAGUUCUAAAGUGACGUUUCAAUUGUCAAAAACAAAAAAAGCUAAAAUAGUUGUAUACUGGGUGAGUUACGUUGAAGUUGGUGGUCAAAGAGUAUUAUUGUUUACUCAAGAUGAGAAAACAGCGUCGGUCGCUCGAAAAAGAAUAGAAAAGAGUAAAUCAUGUAUUGAUUUGGUUAUAUCUGUGAAAGGUGUUGGGUUAUCAUUAAGUACAUGUCGCGGUGUUUACACUGAAGAAAUUGCAUAUGCUAGUUUAUCGGAUUCAGCAUCUGAGUGGAUGGUAAAAAUUGGUAAUAUAUGGAAACCAUUCACGGUGGAACUAGCAUGUUGGUUAGAGGAAAUGUGGGAUAAUCAUAAUAAAAGAGCUCAUCUUAAAGACUAUGUUCAUGUCGAUUUCGAUAAAAUGCAAAUGAUUAAACCAUUCUUUGGGCAACUGCGCCGAUUGUACAAUCCAGCUGUUUGGAGCCAUUGCAGAUUUACCGCAAAAAAUAAUAUAUUUCAAUUUAAAAUUCAUAGACUUCAAGUGGAUAAUCAACUAUCAAACUGCACUUUUAAAACAGCUCUGUAUCCAACACCAGCUAACAAAAUCUCAUCGCGUUCUUUAAAACCUUGCUUAGAAAUUGCUUAUUCUAAAACUUCAGUGUCAUGUCAUUAUGAUUUAUAUAAGUACAUUUAUAUAAGUCUCCGUGAUUUUACCGUGCAACUAGAUCGUACGUUUGUAGUGAGUAUGCAUAAAACUUUGUCACCUUUCCUGGCUGUUUUUGAACGACCACUGGAUGCCAGAUUUAGACAAGACGUUAGUUCGCUUCAUGCUACCGAUAUGCCACCGGGUAAAAAGUCAGGUCGGGUAUACGUAGAAUCAUUUGAUUGCUCUCCUUUUCACGUGCAUUUAAGUUUUUCAACGAAACCAUCAGAACACUACUCUCUAAAGAGUUCUAACAGUUUCACCACUGAUGCGUUAUUAUAUGUACUUGACGGACAUGCAAACCGUUUAUGUGAUUUGAAAACGGUCACUCUUGAUAUAAGUGGGUUAAGUCGCAAAAGUAUUCAAAGGGAAUCGUUUGAGUCAAUUUUUGAAUAUAGUUUAAAACACUACGCGUGUCAGCUAUUCAAACAAAGCCAUGUGUUUAUUUUUAAUUCUGAUGUGUUAGAAAAUAUAUACGAGGUAAACAAUGAACGGACGAACACUAUAGAAUCAACAGAAGAUUAUUUAGGAACAUCAUGUUGUUCUCAAAUACAAGAUACUUGUUCCGUGGAAUACAAUGGUAAAUGGCGUUUUGCGUUAUCGAUACCUGAAUGUGCUCUGGCAGCGUACAAAGGAACGGAAAUGUCUGUCCUGUUAUCUAUGUCUGGAGCUCUCCAAAGGCCUCAUAUUGGCGGUGAAGAUGAUGGAGCAGCCGAGGCGUUCUUUAGAGGACCCGGUCGGAAUCUACUGGCAGUUUUGUCA